GCUCCGUUUGAGCCCAUUUUUAUAAAUCUUUCCGACAAACACUUCCUUGGCCUAAACCUUAUAACACCGCCGUGAAUCCACUGCUCCGGCCUCCCGCCAAGCAAUGGAAAACCAGGAGGCCAAAGCUUUUUUAUACGAUACCCUAAGCCCACUCCAGGGCGAAGCUUCUACCGAACAGUCGGCCGCCCCGUCUUUGUCACCGUUUCUUCCCGAUAAACAUGAGCCAUACACCGUUUUUCGCAGCGAAGUUUCUCUAAGUUCAACCUCAUUCCCCUUUCCUGAAACUGCCGCGCAGGAUUAUUUUUCGCUCGAUGCCGACGAAGAGGUUAACCGGAAUUUGUUCUUGCCGCCACAUCCAGCUUCUCAAACGGUGCCUGUUAAGGAAUCGGCUAGGACGAUUGAAGGAAACUGGUUUAGCGCCACCUGUCGUCUCAGGAGUCCUAUGCUUCAGCUCCACAAAGAGAUAAUAGAUUUUUGUGAUUUCCUAUCGCCAAGUCAAGAGGAACAAGCAGCACGAAGUGCUGCAGAAGAACGUGUGUUUGAAGUCAUCAAGUACAUCUGGCCGGAAAGCAAGCCAGAAGUUUUUGGGUCUUUCCGGACAGGGCUGUAUCUUCCUUCCAGUGAUAUUGAUGUUGUCAUCAUGGAGUCAGAUAUCAGAAGUCCUCAAAUUGGGUUACAUGCUCUGUCAAAAGCCCUUUCACAAAAAAGAAUUGCCAGGAAGAUACAGGUGAUCGCGAAGGCUCGCGUUCCAAUCAUCAAAUUUGUGGAAAAGAAAAGCGGCAUCUCAUUUGAUAUAAGUUUUGAUUUACAAAAUGGGCCCAAAGCAGCAGAGUUUAUUGUGGAUUCUGUGUCUAAAUGGCCUCCAUUGCGACCCUUAUGUUUGAUUUUGAAAAUUUUCCUACAGCAAAGAGAGUUAAAUGAGGUAUAUACAGGUGGGAUAGGUUCAUAUGGUCUUCUUGUCAUGCUCAUAGCAAUGUUGCGGAACCAUCGUGACUUUCAAGCUUCAAGGGAACAGAACCUUGGAGUGCUUUUGGUUGGUUUCUUCGAUCUGUAUGGACGCAAACUCAAUACAUCUUCUGUUGGACUGUCAUGUAAUGGAGAAGGAACCUUCUUCCAGAAGAGAACUAAAGGGUUCUCAAUUGAUGGAAAGGCUAAUCUAAUAUCCAUUGAGGAUCCACAGGCACCAGAGAAUGAUGUUGGAAAGAGCUCUUUCAACUAUUUCCAGGUAAAAUCGGCUUUUGCAAUGGCUUUCACGACUCUCACAAACACAAACGCCAUUUUGGAAUCGGGUUCUUCUAGAAGCAUACUUGGCAUGAUAAUACGACCAGACGAGGUUCUAUUAGAGCGGAAAGGCGGAUCUUGUGGUGGCGCUGCAUUGAACUGCUUGUUUCCAGGUGCUGCUGGCCAGCCCUUACCCCAACAAUACAUCGAUCAACAUGAUAUGCAUUGUAACUGGCACUUACACUUUGACGAUGAUGAUGAAGAAUUGCUUCCCAGGGGGAACGAUAUAGCCGAAGAGCACAUAAGAACUGAGCUGCCCUCUGGAAAAAAGAGAAAGAAGUCGUUGAAGGAGAGGCAUACAUCUAAGAAGAAGAUAAGAGAUAAUGAAGAGAUGGGCAGCAGCGGGUCAUCCAGGAAAGAAAAGAGUCCGAAGAAGAGGCAUAGGAAGCGCUGGAGUGAUGAAGAUGGAUCGUCAGCAAGGAAAGAAAAGAGUGGGAAAAAAAGGUAUGGUAGGAAGCACGGUAGCAGAGGUUCAUUACCAGUGCACUCUAGGCGAUUCACUACAAGAUGGAAGGCUACACCAAGUGAAGUUCUGCAUAUUUAACUUUAAAAAAGAAAAUCUCAGGGCCUCUGGAUGUAGUUUUUGUCUCGGCUGUAUUUCUAAAUUGAAUUGAGCUUGCUCCAUUGCUCUUUCAUGAAUCUAUCGCAAUUUAUGUGUCAUACUGACAUUAUACGGUGUAUUUAUUUCGUCUAGAUUCUUUUAAUUUGAUUACUAUCCCCUCCCGUUCUUGGUUAAGUUUUCAUUUUUCUUUUUCAGAAGUCCCACCUUAAAGCCAUAUUUCCCUUUCUGGCAACAUUCAAUCAUGAAAUGAUGAAAUGAUAACUUUUACUCUCA